CAUAUGAAAAGCCACUACAGGUGUAUAGUAAUACGUGAGUCACACAGCGCAGCCUUUCGCAGAGAAGAGAUUAAAUGUCUACUAUUAAGUCAGCGUGAGAAAAAAGGAACAUUUUUGCGCAGUUAGAGUCACAUUGGGAGCGCUUCUUUUUUUUCAGACUACAUGUGAUGGCAUAUGAGUCGAGUGUAAUGUAACAAUCCCCACCGACGCUUGUGCAGUGUUUGACGCUCAGUGACAUGACAUGGACGGCGGAAUGUCUCACUGAGAGCAGAUGAACUGAAGAACGAUGUCGGACCAGGGUUUUGGCUUAACUUUAUCAGCUGCGCCCCCGCUUCGCAGGGGCAGCACUCCCUUGCCAAUCAAGCAUCAGCUAAGGCGAGAGGAAGCUGUGUCCGAGGAUUACGAUUGGACGCCGGGGCUCAACGCGCCUGCGACUCCGCAAAUCAGCAUCAGCAAUAUCCAAGAUUCUCCUUCCCCAAAACCGCCACAGCAAAAGUACCACGGACCCCUUCGGAUAGUACUACUGGGCCAAAACGGAGUGGGCAAAUCCUCUCUGGCACUUUGCCUUGCUGGACUGUCAGACAGAUCACUCUCUAUAGACUCUGAAACCCAAGCAGCCGAUGAGGGUUACCAGCGGCGAGUGAAUGUGGAUGAUGAGGACAGCACAAUUUUAGUGUAUGACAACUGGAAACAGGAGCUGUCCACUCUGCAGUGUGAGGUGUGCAUCCUGGUUUUCUCGUUGACGGAUAGGCGUAGCUUCCACCGGAUCGCUCAGCUCCGCCUACUGUUGAGGGAGACGCUGCCGCACACUCCCAUCAUCCUAGUGGGCAACAAGAGUGACCUUGUGCGCUCCCGUGAGAUCAGCACAGAGGAGGCGCACUCCAGCGCAAUGAUGUUUGGCUGCCUGUAUCUGGAGCUCUCCGUCUCUCUGGACCACCACACUAAUGACCUACUGGAAGCGGCUGUGAGAGCGGCCCGGGGCCACAACCUGGGGCCCGGCUGGACAGAGGGGUCCCCCACAGUGGCCCGCCGAGAAAGCUUGACCAGCAGAGCCAAGCGCUUUCUGUCAGGGCUUGUUCCGCGCACCCACCUCGGCCGAGACAGAGACAGGGAGGGCGGCAGAGACAGAGACCUCAGCAGACACAGAGGAAGCAGGAUGCUCAGGCAGAAAUCACGUUCUUGUCAUGACCUCAGCGCUCUAAUGUAACCGAAAACGACCGAGAGCGAGAAGGAGAGGAGGUGUUAAAGGAGGCUAGAGGAGGGAUUGAAGAACUGCAUGUAAGAUUGACAGGUGAAGAGAUAAGAGACAGUGUUGCCGCACCAAUUCACAGAGGAGAUAAUCCUCCAGAGAUAUUACCUAAACUAGUAUGUGUGAAAUUAGUUGUUUAUACCAGUCUCUCAGUCAUUAAACGUGACAGUGGUGCAGCGAAACCUAGCAGUAUAUAAACUAUCCUGACAGAACAUGUCCUUUAAGGUUGCGAGAGGCCUGUAAACAGACAGACCGACACAAAUAUAGCACUGGAUCUCAGUAUAAUGAGUGGAUCAUGCUGGCUGUGGCAGGCUGUUAGUGGUGAUAGAGUAGCUCCUGUAGUAGAAGCAUGCUGACACAGCACGGAUGCAGAACCGUAGUAAAAGUCCUGUUGUAAAAAAAAAAAUUAAAAAGCCCACCGGCACAGAAUACGAUGCUUUAGUUAAUGCGUGGAUUCAGCGUUUUAGAUUUUCUCACUCUACCUGCACAACGAUAGCACGAUUUCAGGUUUAGGGAAACCAAACAAAGUGAUUUGAAGUGAAGCAGUCAUUGAGAAACCCAUACUGGUCGAUAGGGCUGCACGAUAUUGGAUUUUAAGAUGUUUUGUUUUUCUGUGAUGUGACAAAAUACAGGAAUUCACCAGAUGACUUGAAUAGCUAUAUUUGGAAAGAAUGAAUCAUUCUAGAAUAACUGAGGUGAUUUUGUUGAGGAGUAUAUCUGCAUAUAUAUAUAUAUAUAAAAUAUAAAAAAU